GUUCGGUCCCGCCUGGACUGAGCCAUGCGAGUUGUGUUUGUUAACGAGCUCCGUUGCUAAGAAUUUAUUCCCACAAUUACUUUUCGCCCCCGCUUGAACUGGGUCCAUUCUUUGUACAGAAAAGAGAAGUGAAUCACUUCAUUGUUCCAAUCCCACGCUCGUCCAGCUAGCGACCAGGACAUCGCCAGACAGAUAGCCUCUACGGGCGUCAUUCAAUACCAUGGCGGCCAACUUCAGUCCCAGUGGACUAGCCUUUUUCGUCCUCACAGUGGUUUUCCUCGUCAUCUGCGGCAUCUUCAUCGCACUGCGGUUUGUUGCCUUGGUAAUGUCGCGACGCACAUUUUCCCUUGACGAUCUCUUCAUUAUUGUUGCAUACGUAAAUACUGUGGCGAUUGGGGUCGUGAGCAUGUGGUCCUCGGUCAACGGGCUGGGUAAAUCUGCUGCUGUUCUCACUGACUACGAGAUCGCUGCAGCAGCAAAGCUUCUUUUCACGUCUUACAUUUGCUGGCUCUUGGCAAGUGUCUUCUACAAGCUUGCGAUCCUGUCUCUGUACAAUCGCAUCUUCACCACGCCGCAGUUCCGUCGCUGGUCAUAUGGAGUUUCAGCUCUUGUCAUAGGAUACUGCAUCGCGUACUUCUGCGUAUAUAUGACCAACUGUGAACCAAUUGACCACAUGUGGAAUCCUACGCCCGACGGCCAUUGUCGUGAUGGCCACGUGGGCGAAUAUUGCACUUUGGCUAUCAACAUGUUCCUGGAUCUCGUCAUAUUGAUCCUCCCAAUGCCCACAUUGUGGAAAUUGAAGUUACCAACUCGGAAGAAGGUUGCUGUCACAGCCAUGUUUAGCUUUGGUCUGCUGACCAUUGCUGUCAUGAUAUGGAGAGCCAUCUGGACUUACCAGUACCGAGACGAUCCAGACUUCACAUCAUUCCUAAGUCUGAUCGCUAUUGCAAGCGGCUUCGAGUUGUGGUUUGGAAUCAUUGUCGCCAAUAUCCCUACACUUGCCCCUCUUUUUAAACCUGGACAAUUUUCUAACCUCAGAACGUGGAGUGGAUGGAAAAAGUCGUCCUCAUCAGCUUUCUCCGGGAGUUGGAUGCAGACCCCCAUACAUCUGAAAACGUUUUAUGGCAGCGGAAAAAGAGACAGAGUCGCGAAUGAAGGAAGCCGGGACCAUUUUUUUCCGGAGGCACAGAAUGGUGAAAGCGCACACGAGCGCGGCCUGGAGGGACUGUCUUCAGUCACGGCACAAUGCGCUUAUGAUCCCAGCGUCAAGAAACCAAUGUCCCCGCCUGCCUCGGAUGGCAUCUACUUUCAGAUUAGCAUUGAGGAUGGUGUUAAGAGUUAAUGAGUUUCUGUACUGUAAGGAAACUUUGUGGCUUAUUCAAGAACGGACUUGUUGGUGGUCAAGGUCCUCAAGGCGUACUAGCUGCUGAGAGUGUUUGAAGGAAGACCAUGAUGGGCAAAUUGAGCCUUUUUUAACAAUGAUCGGAGCGAUUGGCCAACGGAGAAAGGUCGAGUUGGUGUGAGGUCGGUAGAUCUACGGGCCGCUACCCUACUUAGUUAGUUGCUCCUUUUUCGAUCAAGUGGUUUCGUUUUUAAUCCCCAUACA